AUGUGGGUUUUGUGUGUUGGGGUGUUGGUUAUUGUCUGCAUUGUUGCACAUUGGGUUUAUAGAUGGAGAAAUCCUAGUUGUAAUGGAAAACUUCCACCUGGUUCAAUGGGUUUACCCCUUCUUGGUGAGAGCCUUCAGUUUUUUUCUCCUAAUACUUCGUCUGAUAUUCCUCCAUUCAUCAAGCAGAGAAUGAAAAGAUAUGGACCAAUCUUCAAGACAAACUUGGUUGGAAGACCGGUUGUAGUGUCUGCUGACCCUGAUCUUAAUUACUUCAUAUUCCAACAAGAAGGGAAAGUAUUCCAGAGCUGGUAUCCAGAUACCUUCACAGAGAUAUUUGGGAAACAAAAUGUUGGUUCCUUACACGGUUUUAUGUAUAAAUACCUUAAAAACAUGAUGCUCAAUCUGUUUGGUCCUGAAAGUCUUAAAAAUAUGCUCUCAGAGGUUGAAGGAGCAGCCUGCAGAACAUUGCAGCAAUCGUCGUGCCAGGACAGUGUUGAGCUGAAGGACGCAACAGCAAGGAUGAUAUUUGAUUUGACUGCAAAGAAACUCAUCAGUUAUGAUUCAACAAAGUCCUCUGAGAACUUAAGAGAGAACUUUGUUGCAUUUAUACAAGGACUCAUCUCAUUCCCUCUCGACAUUCCAGGAACAGCUUAUCACAAAUGUUUGCAGGGUAGGAAAAAGGCAAUGAAGAUGCUGAAGAACAUGCUGCAAGAAAGAAGGGAAAUGCCUAGGAAACAACAGAAGGAUUUCUUUGACUAUGUUAUUCAAGAACUUAGGAAAGAGGGAACAGUCUUAACUGAAGCAAUCGCUCUGGACCUCAUGUUUGUACUUCUAUUUGCAAGCUUUGAAACCACUUCUCUGGCUCUUACUUAUGCCAUCAAAUUACUCUCCGACAAUCCCUUGGUGUUCAAGCAACUACAAGAAGAACAUGAUGCCAUCCUUGAACGGCGUGAAGAUCCUAAUUCUGGAGUCACAUGGCAAGAAUACAAAUCAAUGACAUUUACAUUUCAGCUUAUAACUGAAACUGUGAGACUUGCAAAUAUAGUUCCAGGAAUCUUCCGAAAGGCACUAAGGGAAAUUAAUUUUAAGGGAUAUACCAUACCAGCAGGAUGGGCAGUCAUGGUGUGUCCCCCAGCUGUACAUUUGAACCCGGCAAAAUAUCAGGAUCCCCUUGCCUUCAACCCAAAGAGAUGGGAGGGAAUGGAACCAAAUGGUGCUACCAAACAUUUUAUGGCUUUCGGUGGAGGCAUGAGAUUUUGUGUCGGGACAGAUUUUGCUAAGGUUCAGAUGGCUGUUUUUCUUCAUUGCUUGGUAACAAAGUAUAGGUGGCGACCUAUCAAAGGAGGGAAUAUUGUUCGAACUCCAGGUUUACAAUUUCCAAAUGGCUUCCACGUCCAGAUCACAGAGAAAGAUCGAAGAAAGCGCGAACAAGAAUAUACAACUAUAUAUUAG